AGAGAGGAAAUCUGGCACAGCAGCAGCAGCCAGUGAGAAAUGAUGGACUUGUGGCAGUGUCAGAGAGAAAUGAUGGAGCUGUACCAAACCCCCUCCAACAAACUCAAUUCUUAUAUUACUGACCACCUCUUGCCCAAUGAGGUCUUCCGCAAAAAUGUCCAAGAUGCUGUUGAUAGAAUCUGUUCUUUCCUGAAGGAGAAAUGCUCCAUGAAUGCCAGGGUCAUCAAGACCGUCAAGGGGGGUUCUGCAGGAAAAGGGACAACCUUGUAUGAAAAUUCAGAUGUUGACCUGGUUAUCUUCCUCGACUGCUUUGACAGCUAUGCAGAACAGGCACAGACACGUGAUUCUGUGAUCAAAAUUAUCGAGCAGAAUCUGGAACAUUGCCGCAGGAGUCUAGCUUUCCAAGUUGAUAUCUCACCCCCACGGUCAAAAGGUGAACUACGACGCUCACUCUCACUCACGAUCCAAUCAAAAAAGAAAAAUGAAGCUGUUGAGGUGGAUGUUCUUCCAGCAUUUGAUGUUUUAGGACAAAUAACUGAUACAUACAAGCCACAUCCUAAAGUUUACAUAGAUCUCAUUCAUGCUGGUGGAAAACCUGGUGAGUUCAAUACUUCUUUCACAGAGCUGCAAAGGAAUUUCAUAAAGCGUUGCCCAGCCAAAUGCAAGGACCUGUUGCGUCUAGUCAAGCACUGGUACAAGAUGUACAAGAAGUGCCUGAGAGAGACUUAUCAGUCAUCAGUGCCCCUUCCAUCCAAGUUUGCCUUGGAACUGCUGACCAUCUAUGCUUGGGAGGAAGGAACUGGCAAAGCAGAACAGUUCAACACAGCAGAAGGGUUUUACACAGUGAUGGUGCUGCUUGUUCAAUAUCAACAUCUCUGCAUCUAUUGGACAGAGUACUACAGCCUUGAAGUGCCUACAAUAGGGGAAUAUGUAAAAAAACAGUUAAGGGGAACACGUCCUGUAAUCAUGGAUCCAGCAGAUCCAACAGGAAAUGUUGCCCGGGGAAAAGGUUGGAAUCUGUUGGCCGAGGAAGCAUUAAAGUGCCUAAGCAUGCCAUGCUGCAUGAAAGGUGGUGAGCCUGUGGGUUCCUGGCUUGUACAGCCAGCUAAGCCAUUCGAUGACCCUGGUUUCUGUAUUAUCAUAUGAAGCAGAACCAGUUUUUUCUGAACCAGAAAAAAAAGAGGGGGAGGAGGAGAUGAUGAUGAUGAUGAUGAUGAUGAUGAUGAAGAAGAAGAAGAAGAAGAAGAAGAAGAAAAGAUAUAAGCCAUGUACUGAAUCAGCAGAGCCUACUACAAUGUUAAAGAACUAGAUGAAUAAAUAUAUCCACCAUUUAUAUUAUUAGGAGCUAAGAUACUGUUUACCUACUACUUUUGAGAGUUAGAGCUGGUCAUAUUUCCUUUGGAAUUGUUAUUUUACGGCUGUUUUGGGACUUCAGUUCCCAUAACUCAUCACCACCAAUGAUAUUGGCUAGGGUUUAUAGACGUAAGAAACCAGAAAUGUCUGGAAGAACACAGUUAUCUACCAUUACUUUAUACAAAAUUAUAAUCAAAGUGUUUGAGAUUUCCAAAACUUUUUAAGUUUUAGCAUAGUUGCUCAGUAGCACUUCUGUUUGCUCUAGAUAUUAAGCUUGAUAAUUGUACAAAUAAAUUAUACAUUGCACAAAUAAAUUAUAAGAAAUACAAUAAAUUUGACAAGAAAAGUCAAUAUUUGCUGUCAUAUCAUUGUGCAGGUGAAAUUCCUAACAGUGUAACCCUUAUUCAUGUGGAUUCAAGGGGACUUCUCUGAAUUUUGCCACUUUACCUGAAAAAUUGCUGAUUAUUGUUUUUACAGAUUAUAUCUUACAGGAUACGUACUAAAGAUAAGUUGCAGAAUAUAUACUGUUCAAAUAUUCUGUAAACCUUAGCCAAAUUUCAGCAAAAGUUAAUAUGCCAGACAUUUCGUCAUGCACUUGGACAUUUCUCCAUUUUAGGGCUUUAUGAACUUUUAAUCUGAUACUCUGUCCCCUUAACAUUUGUUUCCAACUUACAUUGUAAUAUUUUCUGUGUUUGAUAGUUUGAUUAAGAAUAAUAUUUCUGGUAACUUGAUAUCUCAAAAUGACCUCUGAAUAAAAUCUGAUUCAAAACCUU